CAUCAAUUACAACAGCAGCAACUACAACUACAAAAACAGCAGCAACAACAGCUGCAACAGCAGCAGCUGCAGCAACAACAAUCGCUGUCAAAACAGCAGGCACAACAGGCGUGUAACUAUUAUACGGCGCCGCCGCCACCAACAACUAACACCAGCUCGAAUCACCACACACCGAGUCAUCACAGUUCGACUUAUAGCGCAUACGGAUCGUACGGUUCGUACGGCGGCGGUACAUACGGCGGCGCUUAUCUCGGCACGAGCGGCAGCGAUAGCGGCGUAGGCGGUCUCACACCUAUCGGCCGCAACUAUCGUUGGUAUCACUCGAGUGGCAGCGGCGGUAGUGGCAGCAUCAGCGGUAGUAUUGGCAGUAAUUACCUUACCGCCGGCUCACUUGGUGCCACAUACGGACGCACGUCGCCAGCGGCACUUGCACACGCGCGCCCCUUGCUCGCCUCCACAUCGACAGCGGCAAGCAGCAGGGCUGGUGGUUGUGGUGCCAGCAGCAGCGCAUACGGUUUGGGACUUGGUCUGGGGUUGGGCCUUGAUCUCGAUACCAGUGAUUACGAAUACGAACGCGCGUCGCUACACUCUGGCGCUUACGCUUACAAAUCGUCGUCAUCGCGACGUGGCAGCAGUCUUGCUGCCGAUUAUCUAUUGGACGUUGCAGCACGUUGCAGCGUACCAUCGCCGGCACUUGAAGCCGAGCCGGAUACUGAUCUUGAACUUGAUCUUGAUCUCGAUCUCGACGUGGGCGUCGGCGUCGGUGUUGACGUUAACGACGUUGACCACAUUGGUCACGACAUUGGCUUGGGCCUUAACGUCGAGGAUCUUGAAGAUCUUGAUAUCCCGGUACCAGAACCGGAACCAGAGACUGACGUACACGACGAACUUGUGCGCGCACUCGAACUUGAAUUCGAUUGGGGUCUUGACUACAACACCACCACCACCACUACCACCCAUCUCAAUCUCGACUUCGACAGCAGCACCGAUCUCGUCGGACUCGACGACAUCGAUAUUGACGAAGAAGAAGAGCCGAUACUAUCGCCUGUGCUCAAUAGGUCAUUGCGUCCAUUCACCUAUCCGGCGCUUACGAUCACAGCACCAGAGAAUAGUAUCGCAAGCGAAUCACCAAUACCAGUGGCGACACCGCCACCGACACCGACGGAUUUUCUAUAUCCGCAGUUGUCCGUACACAGCAACAAGACGUCACCUCAACAGCAACAGCCACAACUACAGCAGCAGCAGCAACAACAACAGCAGCCACAACAACAAUACCAGCGCCAAGCACAACACUACCACCACCAACAACGUACAACGACGACGCGUUUACCGCAACACGACGACAGCUGCGAGGAGUUCAAUAACAUUACCGACGAUCCGACGUCCUGCGUCGGCCAAAAAAGAAUGAUGGUUAGCCGUUUGUGGAAUAGUUGUUUCCCCAAAUUUACGCCGGAGCACGUGCACCGGCACAAUUUCUACCUGUGUCAGUGGCAACGGAACACCCAAGUGCGCAUCGUCUAUCUUUUUUACCGCUGGCUAACGGCAAUCACCUGCCUCGCUGCACUCGUUUGCUCACUACUCGACAUCGGACGCUCCGAAGAGCACUUCGAGAAUCAUUAUGCAAAAUGGUGGAUCUACUUGACACAUUGGGGUCUGCUCUUCUGUACGGUGCAGGCUUGGCUGGCGGCGUGGAUUGUAACGCAGGGCAUGAUGGUAGAGCGUGAGGAUUUCGAGGUUGUGCGUCAGGUGCGCAAAAGCCGCCUGCAUCAUAUCUACUGGGUGCUUUACACAUGUGCCACCGUGUAUUCGUUCAUAAUAACGAUGUGCUAUUGGUUGUUGGUGCACGAUCCAGAAAUCCACAAAAUAGACGCUUUAAAUAUAAUGGUGCAUGUGUUCAAUUCGGUGAUUAUGCUCAUCGAUUUAGCUAUUGUCGGACAUCCGAUUAAAUUGAGUCAUGUCUACUUCACGACCGGCAUCGGCUUGGCUUAUGGCAUAUUUACGGGUAUAUACUUCAUAGCUGGUGGCACAGAUAGAAAGAACAACGUCUACAUUUACCCGAUGCUAGACUGGACCAAACCGGGUAAGGCUAUUAUUGUCACCGUGUGUGCCAUAAUAUUCGUCUUUGUGGUGCAUUUCUGCUGCUAUAUGCUCUACCGCACGCGCGUCUGGCUCUUCACCAAGCUUUGCAUACGCGGCGCGCACAACCGCGACGGUGACAUGGGCGAGGGGCUGCACGACGAGUCCACGGCACGUCUAGGCGGCGGCACUUCGCAGGAAUACUCGCAUCAGCAGCAAUAUCCGAUAUUGCAUUCCGAGCAGCCGCGCAGCGCGCAUCACCAUCAUCAGCACGGACAUCUGCAGCAACAACAACAGCAACAAUAUCAGCAGCAACAGCAGCAGUUUCAGCAUCAGCCGAGCGGAAAUGUACAAACGGUAGACAUGGGAAGCGGCGGCGUCGGUGGCGGUGGCGGUACACAACAUACCACACCGCCUUACUAUCCGCAGUACUCUGGCUACCAGCAGCAGCCCGUUGUGGCCGGCGUGAAUGUCGGUGUGCUCAGCGCUGGCGGUUACUACCAGCCGGAAAACAAUAAUCAAAAUAAACAUCAGCAACAACAACAACAACACAAACAACAGCAGCAGUCACAGCAGCAACAGGCACAACAGCAGUCGCAGCAGCAGCAGCAGCAGCAACAACAACAACAACCUCAGCAACAAAAGCACUCCUCACCCGGAGCUGGCAGUGCAUCCGGCUUAAGUCGCACCGUCGCCCACUUGGAUGCGGCACAGCGUGAGCAAUUCCUGAAUCCAAACAAGAUUGUGGAAUAUAAGAUGUAAAGGCGUUGUACCCG